AUGUCAGUGUUGGUUAAUGGCAGCCCUACGGAUGAUUUUAUGGUGAAGAAAGGGCUGAGAGAAGGUGAUCCGUUGUCCCCUUUUCUCUUUUUAAUUGCGGCAGAAGGGCUUACAAGACUAAUGCAGAGGGCAGUCGAUAUAGGCACUUUCCAUGGGUACAAGAUCAACAAUGAAUUAAAGUUCCAUACUCUUCAAUUUGCGGAUGAUACAGUUAUAGUUGGCGAAGGAAAUUGGGACAAUCUAUGGUCGAUCAAAACGGUGCUGAGAAGUUUUGAGCUAGUGUCGGGACUGAAAGUUAAUUUUUUCAAAAGUAAACUUUAUGGCAUUAAUUUAGAGGACAACUUUUUGUCGGCAGCCUCAGAGUUUUUACAUUGCGGGGUGGAUUCAAUCCCAUUUCGAUUCCUCGGGAUUCCAGUAGGCUCAAAUCCGAGAAGAAAGGCAACUUGGCAACCUGUUGUGGAUUCUAUGAGGAAGAAACUUAAUGGAUGGAAAGGUCGUAAAUUAUUUAUUGGAGGCAGAGUGACUUUAAUUAAUUCGGUAGGUGGAUUACCAGACACCCCUUGGUUUUCUACGAAUGUCAGCAAUGUGUUGGGAGACGGGAAGAUGAUUGAUUUUUGGAAUGAAAAAUGGAUUGGCAUGGUACCACUGAAGAAUAUAUUUCCAGCGUUGUUUCAUGUGGCAGAACAACCAAUGGUUACGAUCUUUUCCAUGGGUUUUUGGGAACAGAACAAUUGGAAGUGGCGAUUGGAUUGGCCGGCUUCGAUGCAACAAACGGAGGCAGCAGAAGCUGAAGCGUUAGCGGUUCUUUUGGCUGAUGUGAAGCCGGUUCAAGCAAGGGCGGAUAGAAGGAAGUGGGUACCAGAGUCAUCAGGUCAGUUCUCGGUUAGUUCAACAUAUUCUUUUCUCCAAAAUAUGGAUGUAACGAAUGUUAUUGAUACUGAUGUUGUGUGUGCGUUAAAAAAGUUGUGGUUAAAUGAUGUACCUUCUAAGGUAGGUAUGUUUGGCUGGAGGUUGUUAUUAGCAAAACUCCCAACUCGAGCAGCUUUGGCCAGUAGGGGUAUUACUACAAAUCAUCACGAGACAUGUUGUGCCUUUUGUUUUAGAGAGGUUGAAGAUCUUAAUCAUGUGUUCUUCCAGUGUCGCUUCUCGGAACAAGUAUGGAGGAAAAUUUGUUGUUGGAUGCAGGUAGCUCACUUUAAUUUUGAAGGAAGGUUGCAUCACUUUAACUUGGUUGGUGCUUUUGUGAAAAGUAAAAAAGGGUCAAAGUUUCGGCAUUUAAUUUGA